CGACCUUUUAUCUGUCGAGUUGAUGACCUGAUAGACUGAUAGCUAAUACUAUGGGUGUUAACCUUUAUAUACAAUUUAUAGUCAGUUAACCUUAUUAAUGUGUCAUUGCAGUUUGAUAUUUACGCUUGCUGAAAACUUUUAUGAAUAAUCAUGUUCUACAAAACUUUGAUAUCAGCGACAUUGAUUUUAAAUAUCGUAUCACCAAGUCUAGAGGAUGCAGUAGACCCAAAACAAGAGGUGUGCAAUAAAAUCUCAUCAUGUUCAUCAUGCAUAGCAAAGAGUUUCUGUACGUGGUGCGUAACCAAGAGCAAAUGCACCAAGCAAUCAUGCGGCAACGAUAACAUCAUUUACCCGAAGGACUUCUCGGCUAUAAUGGCCGGGCCCACGUUCUGUCCAAGGGUCGUGGAACCGGAACAAACAUUGACUGUCAAAAGUGGAGUGAAACAAGUUAUUGCUGUGAAAAUUACACAAAUACAUUUGUACAUGGCCUUUACACCGUGGAAAUGUAAAAUAGAUUUUAAUGGGAAGCAAUUGGUAGUGCCGGCUGUGCUGCUGGGUGACCAAGUAUACUGUGAGUCCGUGCUGCUUACCAACAAGCCUCACGAACCGCACGAGACCGGGGAAGUAUCAGUACUGUGGGAUUACACGAAAUCCUUUGAUGGAUCUGUUCCGUUUAAAGUGUGCCGCUGUGACUUAGACCCUUCUUGUAACGCUUGCAAUAAAUUAACCAACACUUUAAUGCAAUAAAUCACGGACUAAUUACAUUUAAAAUUCUGUUCUUUAAAGUGAAUUUGUAAUUAUAAGAAUACUUUAGCUAGCUGAAUAAAGACUUAUUUAAUUAAAUUA